CAGAUUUUAACUGUUUCUGACGUACAAUAAAAAAAAAAAAAAGGCAUCCAUGGUGCUGCCAUCAGAAGUUCUAAUACAAACGUGUUCUGGAUAUCUCUAAAAUUGCCUCUUUUGCUAUAAUGUUACUUUCCGUUCUUCCAUUAUUCCUGAUGUCCUGCUACCGGUAAGCAUAAGCACAAUCAUGUGUGCAGAAAGAGCGCCACUACUGCUACCUGCUAUCUUGCACGCCAACUGAAGAAUUCAAUGAGUGAAUACCAGACAGAUACCUGAUUAUUCCAUGGUGGAAACCCGUUGGUGUAUGCAACGCUGGCUUGAUUACAGAGUAAUUCAUUGUCACUCAGUAAACAAACGUUACUUCUUACCGAAAACUUGUGUUGGCAUUCAAUCGUUGAAAGAAUGAGCGAUGAAUCUGUGGAAUUUGUUUGUGUCAAAGUAGAACCUACCGAGAUGGUGUUUUCUGAAGAUCAGGAGUCAGAGGAUGAGUCAAAUUUCUCUGAAGAUAAUCCACCUGAUAAAGUUACCCAUCAGAAGCAUGUUAAACAAGAACCUGAUGAUCAUGCAGAAGAGGAAGAUAGUUAUUUCACAGAAGGUGAUGAACCCUACUCCUUGAAGAGAGAAGUGAAGAAGGAACGCAAUGAAGAGGAGGAAGUGUCAAGUGAAGAGGUUGAGCGAGAUCGUGAAGAAGAAAAUGAACUCAUUCCAGUGCAGUGUUUGUUGAAGACAGAUGCAGAAGAAGAGGAGCUAGUGCCACCAGAAACAGUGUAUAUAAAAACAGAGGACCCUGAGGAAGCCUCUGAGGAGGCCUCUGCUGAAGAAGAGGACCCUCUGAUGAAGAGCAAUGAAAAUGCUGAAGGAUUAAGCGGAUGGACUGUUGGUGAGUUUAAAGAAGCAGUUGAUUUUAAUUGCCAGUAA